AUGGCCGCCCUGUCGCAUCGGCCCCCGAUCGAAGAAGACACUCCCUCCCAAGCUUCCAAGACGCAUCACUACUGUCACGACAACCAGCACGCGCACCACACCCCGCCAUUGAAGCACUACGCCUCUUCUACACCUCGAUCAUCGACGUCAGACCGCUUGCCUGCCGACAUCACCACCGUUUCCGCUUCCUCCCACCACCAGCGACACUCUAGCACACCGUCCACGAACUCCUUGUCCAAAUCUCAGCGUUCUGCCACCAGCUUUUUCAGCCGAGCCGCCGCCGUUCUGGACAGAAGCCAGAACUCAUUCGCCGGCAUAUCUGAACCCGUCAUUCGGCCUCGACAGUCUCACUCGGCACUAGCUCGCUUCUCUUUGCAAUCUAUAUCUGCGCCUAGUCCAGACCCCUCAAGUCCAGGAAGAACCGCAGGGGCCAAGGCCUAUUCUGCCAACAGCUCCUUCACGUCUGCCUCGAAAGCCCAAAUCAAGGUGGCGUCUCGAGCAGGGCAGGCAAACGUCCCGCCGUCACAACCAUACUCGGAGGCCAAUCCAAGCCUGCCAGCACCUAUCAGGGUAACACCUUCUGAUAGAAAAAUGCAUCAAACAUCGUCGCGCUUACUGCGCAUGACUGACGAUGACCGACCUUUCACAAGGGAUUUCAAAGAUUUGUUCGCAACCCUCAUUGUCAGCUUGCUGCCUCUUUCUGCACACCGUGUACGAUUGUCAAAAGUCGAAUACACCUUCCUCUCAGAAGAUGCCAUCAAUAACCUUGGCUCACUGAAAUUCUCACAAUCAAACCGAAUGCCCGAUCCCAAGGACCCUUCCAGGAUUGUUACCACGACGACAACGACAACCUUUUCCAUGGCUCAAGACAUGGCAAGGUCCAUCUGCCAACGCUUCGUGGAGGCCCGUUUCAUCGAAUCUGCAGACGGUAAAUACCAGCAAGUUUACAACAUGAAGGGUUCCGUCUGGCAGUUGACCCCAAAGGGCAUCACAGUGUUGGAUCGUUUCUGUUCCAGAAAUGGCAUCCAACAGAAGCAGGUUGCAGAAUUGUCCAACACGAGCUCAGCACAGCUGGUCAUUCUGGAACGUGAUCAGCAAACGGACAAGCUCCUUCACGACUGGGGCACGAUCGAGGUCAUCUUCCGUCGUUUUGUUGGUACCGACCGACGCAACGUCAAGACCAGCGUCACAGCCGCAGACUCCGACUCCCUACACGACUACAAGGAUGGUCUCACUGGAGUCAAGAUGGCAGCAGAGCGCAAGGUCAAUGGCAAGGUCUACAAGGACACAUUCACUGGCAAAGCCACCACGGACUGGUUGAUGGACUGCUCCACCAUUGUCGACCGCCGCGAGACCGUUGAGAUUGCAUCCCUCUUUGUCGAGCACGAUUUGAUGGAGCCCAUCGUUCAGGAUCGGACCUUCAUGUCACAAAACAGCGGAUACAACUUGUUCCAGCCAACGAAGCAUGCCAUCUAUCAGCUCACCAUGCGCGGCAAAGAGCUGAUCAACGGAAGUGGCUCUAGGGGUCGCGCAUCCGAGAGCGAAAACGGCACAAGCUCUCAGCGAAAUGGCAUCACAAGAGACUCCAACACUCAGAGACUGGAAAAGAUUCUGAAUGACGCUGCCCUGCGUCUUCUUUUCAGGGAAAACCUGCGAGAAACUCAUUGCGAGGAGAAUCUAUCAUUUUACAAGGACGUGGGCGAGUUUGUACGCAGCUGCAAGCACGCCAUACGUCAAGCCCAAAAGGCACCAAACGCGAGCUCCAUGGACACCAUCAAGGAAAUCAUGGCUCAAGCCUACGGUAUCUACAAUGCCUUCUUGGCCCCAGGAUCACCCUGCGAACUGAAUAUCGAUCACCAACUCCGCAACAACCUGGCCACUCGCAUGACCAAGGCGGUGGGCCAGGACAACACGAUGAUUGAAACGCUGCAAGAGGUGACAGCUCUGUUUGAGGACGCGCAAAAUGCCGUUUUCAAGCUGAUGGCUAGCGUGAGUCCCCCUUCCGUGUUCUAG